CUGUUUUCUUUUUGGCGGCAUGACGCCCCCACAAAACGCGGGGUGACAAAUCUGGCAAAGAGAUUGCGGUUCGUCUGCGCCUGGUGCCGAUCCAUCUCUGUCGCCCAUCUGUCUUUCCAGGAGCUCCCGCCUCGGCUGUCGAAACCAAACCAAACCAUCGCAAAAAACACCAAUCCACUACCAUGGCUGCUGAGCAAGACUACACCAAGGAACGAAGCGUCGCCAUCGAGGCCGUCAUCAAGGCCAGCCAGCUGUGCGAGAGUGUCUUCCGAGAGCUCGUCAAUGCCGACACCAUCGUCAAGAAGGACAAGUCCCCGGUGACCAUCGCCGAUUUUGGCGCCCAGGCCGUGGUCAACUCGAUUCUGCAAGCCCACUUCCCGAACGACCGCAUCGUUGGCGAGGAGGAUUCCAAGGACCUCAAGGCCAACCCCGACACCUGCCAGAAGGUCCUUGAGCUGGCCAACUCUGUGAUGGAGAUCAAGUUCCAGUCUCAGUCCGAGCUCUGCGAGAGCAUCGACCGUGGAAACUUUGCCGGUGGCCCCGGCAGCCGCUUCUGGACUCUGGAUCCAAUCGAUGGAACCAAGGGAUUCCUCCGUGGCGAGCAGUUUGCUGUGUGUCUCGCCUUGAUUGUCGACGGCAAGGUCCGGGUUGGCGUCAUGGGCUGUCCCAAUCUUCCUCGCCGCCUCCAGGAGAGCGAUGGCCCCAGAGGAACGCUGAUGAUUGCUGUCGAGGGCCAGGGUGCCUUCCAGCGCACCUUUGAUGACGACUCCGAGAAGAAGAUCGAGGUCACCAAGACGUCGUCGGCAUCGAAGAUUCAGUUCUGCGAGUCGGUCGAGUCGGGCCACACCAAGCACGACGAUAACGCCCGUAUUGCCGAGAUUCUGCAGAUCUCAGAAAAGUCGAUUCGCAUGGACAGCCAGUGCAAGUACGCUGUCGUUGCCCGUGGCGAGGCCGGCAUCUACCUGAGACUGCCGACCAGCGCUACCUACGAGGAGAAGAUUUGGGACCACGCCUCGGGCGCUCUCCUGAUCGAGGAGGCCGGCGGACACAUCUCCGAUGUCCUUGGAAACCCACUCGAUUUUUCACAGGGCCGUACCCUCAAGAUGAACAAGGGUAUCAUUGCCACCUGUGCCUUUGACGGCGAGCCGUCCGGCGAGAUCCACACCCAAGUUCUGAGCGCCGUCAAGGCCGUGCUGAACCUCUAGAGGCCUCGACAGAGGGUUUGCCACCUGUCCAGCCAUCGUCGCAUCCCUGACUGCGAGUAUUCGCCCGGACUGGGUCCCUUGCCCUGACACACGCCUCUCGGGCCCUGGUGCUCAACCAACCUUUCGAUGCGCCGCGGUCAAGAAGUUAGACCGCUCGCUCCCGUCGGCUCUACUGGCCCGUGGCAUUUGGAAAACAGAGGCA